GAAAUGAUGUGCAUGCGGUGAUGGGAUGAAAGGGUGAAUUUUCAGCAUGAAGGACAGUACGGUGAGAGGGCAUGCCGAGAAGAGGCAUACCAGACCUGUAGCGUACCCAUAUAAGCGCGUUGAUCCCGGAAAUCGGUCGGGAAAGUCGGCCUCCAUCUUUGAAUACAAGACCCAGUCCCAGUCGGACCGGUCUACAGAUCUCGUGAACGCUGAUUGCACCAAUCAUGGUUACCACCUCACUGAUGCUCUGGGAGAAGGGGCGUACGCCAAGGUCAAGAAGGCCGAGGUCAUGCCAAGCAAACUGGCCAGAAACCAGACCAUGGCAGACAUCGCGGGGGAGUCGGGGAAAAUGGACGUGGCGAUAAAGAUUAUUGACAAAAAGCAGGUACCGAAAGACUUCCUGUUAAAGUUCAUGCCUCGUGAGUUGUCCAACCAUUUGAAGAACCCGCCUCACCCACACAUUGUUCGGUUGUUUGAGCAGUUCUCCACUCAGGACCACGUGUAUAUGGUAAUGGACUAUUGCUCAAACGGGGAUCUCCUUGACCUUAUAAACAAACACAUUGGGGAGAACCAGAAAGGGAUCGGAGAGGACCCCGCUCGAAAAAUAUUCUCACAGAUCUGUAGUGCCGUACAACAUCUUCAUAGCAAUCUCAUUGUUCACAGAGAUUUGAAAUGUGAAAACAUUUUACUGGAUAAAAACUUGGAUUGCAAGGUAACGGAUUUCGGCUUUUCCUGUCAAGUCCGAAACGUCGACACCCAUCUAAAGACUUCCUGUGGUUCUUACGCAUACACUGCACCGGAAGUGAUUCGUGGGAAAUCUUACGAUGGUUUCCGGUCUGACAUAUGGAGUCUAGGGAUUAUCUUGUUCGCGAUGGUGAAUGGUCGUCUGCCAUUUAAUGACAAUCAGCUGAUGGAGAUGGAGGAGGAGAUGAAGAUGCAGAGGCUGAGGUUUGAGAGGAACGUGUCGUUUGAUUGUAUGGUUCUGAUACGAAAGUUACUCCAGUAUCAUCCAUCCAUGAGACCGCCUCUGGAUGACGUCAUAGAUGACCCGUGGUUGACUGGAAAGAAACCGAUACCCCGCCAAGUGACCAGGCCUAAAUGGAUAAACCCAUACAAAUGUCAGAAGGAAGUCGCGCCAGAUAUCGACAAUCUACGUGUUGAACAAAUAAGCGUACCACGCCGAUCCAAACCCAUCUGUUUUAAGGCGUCACCAAAGAACGGUCACUCUGACCCGUCAACACGAACUGUAACCGUGAACAAAACGGCUGGUGAAACUGUGACAUUGAAAAGCAGAAGAAAUACCAGACCGAGUCCGAAAGUUCCACUAAGACCACACACAUGGCCAAAGGCGGAAAAGGACAAGAAAGAAAGUAGCCCAAGCACUCCGACGACUACUAAUCCCAACUUCCGAUACAUUGCCCAGCUGGUAAUGAUGAAUAAGGAUAACUUGGAACCUUCACCAACGCCGUGUACUGGCAAGGAAGGUGGUGUCUGCAAACAGAUGCCACUUUGGUUCAUGUAUAAUAAGCUUCUUCGGGACCAUUCUGAAACUAUCAACGCCUCUGGUGGCGAUUCUAAAUGUACCUCAGUGAAAAGUGGCAAACCAGAAACUUCCGGAAAAGCACGAACAGUCGGCAACAUCGAUAGUAAGGUUAAGCCGAAGUCAGACAGCAAAUGUUCAUCAUGUUCAGGAAGCAAUGGAAUGCUUACUACACAAAAGCCUCGUGCCGGUUCAACAGGUGCAAAGUCGGAAAAUACCGAAAACAAAUCACGUGGGUUCCCAUACAGGUUACGUGCCAAACGACCCGCCACAAACAAAAUGCGGAAUGGGACUACCAAAUACCCCGUAGAAGGAUCGAAAAAACAAAUGACACCAAAAUCUGCCAACGUCGUUCUUGGUAGAACGAAGGUGACAGUUACAUCGGCUAGUCCUGGAAUAUCUAAGUCAGCAGUUACAAGAUCGACCAAUACCAAGUCAUGCACUCCACGCGCAACAGAGGUUACACCACAAGGCGAGGGUUCCAGAAUCAAAGCCAAACCAAAGUUCAAGUUUGAAGACGAAACAUCGAAGAUGACAUCGCCAACCGAGCCACAACCGUUACCGCCACUGAUGGGCCAAACGGUCAAGCACCAUGUGACCGAAGUGUACAGGCCGUACCAUGGUAACCGGCGCAUGCCUUUCUGUCCCCGAAUGAAGAAACAUCGCCAAAGGGUCAUCGUCCAUUCUUGUACCUAAUGGAUGGUGUUGUUCCAACUUCCUUCAGUUAAAUUUUAAGAGAAACCAAAAUGUUCACUCAUUAUUAUUAAUUCCGUCUGAGUUAUGGUUGUUCACAGAGAAGAUAUUUAAACUGAUUAAAUUGUUCUAAUCUUC